AAUUUGUGGCAUUCCCUGCCACAGAGGGCAGUGGAGGCCAAUUCACUGGAUGGAUUUAAGCGAGAGUUAGAUAGAGCUCUAGGGGCUAGUGGAAUCAAGCGAUAUGGAGAGAAGGCAGGCACGGGUUAUCGAUAGGCGACGAUCAGCCAUGAUCACAAUGAAUGGCGGUGCUGGCUCGAAGGGCCGAAUGGCCUCCUUCUACACCUAUUUUCUAUGUUCCUAUGUUUCUAUAUGGACUCGGUGGGCCGAAUGGCCUGUUUCCAAAAAGUGUCUUUCAAUUAAUCAAUGUAGUUGUAUUUAGUUGGACAGUGUCAGGGUGUAACAUUCAUCGUGGAGGUUACAAUACACAGCAGAGGAGAUCAUUUGUUUAGUGGCUGGUAUCCGGGCCCAUUAAUCCCAUUUCAAGUUAAUGUGUGGGCCAUUACCACUGUGUCGAGCUAAGCUGAUCUUCGGCGGCGGCACAAAGCUGACAGUUCUGCCAAAGGAGAAAGCUGAACGAGAGCCAACAUUGUCAAUCUACUACCCGCCAGUGGGCCAGAGUAAACAAACUAACCAAGCGGCAACGGUGUGUCUUCUCGCGCCGUUUUACCCCAACAAAGUCACUGUCAACAUCACUCUGACGGAAACAACCGAGGUCAAGACUGAAAACGUGCUAACCCAAGAUGGCUAUUACAGAACUUCCGGUUUCCGCGAGUUCCCCCACGCCCCUCCGCCAAAAACCAUCGGGUGUUCUGCCACGUACGAUGGUCGACUUAUCGAAAGGACAGAAAACAUAAGCGCACUUGAUAAGCCCCAGCCAUUGAUCUGCGAAACAGGAACGAGCAGCAACUAUACUGUAACAGAUAUACCCGAGACCAAUUUUAUGACGUUGACGGUGAUGGGUUUGAGGAUUCUGUUUGUUAAGAGCGUUGUCUUCAAUGUCUUGAUGACGGCCAGAGCCUGGGUCUUCUAAGGCUCCAGUCAUCGCGCGAGUGCAUCUUCCCCGAAGAAGACUUCGCUCCGCCAGAGUGGACUCGUGGCGUCAACAGAAACAAUUGGGAAAUCGGUUCCGGAGACCUCACAUCCGGCACCAAAGACGCGCCUUCGC